AGCGCCGGCUUAACCGGGGCGGCCCAGCUCCGAGGCGCGGCCCCCGGGCGAGGGGCAUCCCCGCGCUCCCGCCCCGCCGCCGGCCGGCCCCGGGCAGGCGGCAGCCCGGACACUUUUCCUUGAAACACCUCCCGGGCCCUGGCAACCAUCGCGCCUGGCAACGGGGCUGCGGGGCCGGGCCGGCCGGCCGAGGCGGAGGAUGAAGCAGGCACUGGUGGACGACACCGAGGAUGUGUCCCUGGACUUCGGCAGCGAGGAGGAGCUGGCGCUGCGGAAAGCAAAGAUCAGGCACCCACUGGCCACCUUUUUCCACCUGUUUUUCCGAGUGAGUGCUAUUAUUACCUACUUGUUCUGUGACUGGUUCAGCAACAGCUUUGUUGCCUGUUUUGUCACUAUUCUGCUCCUUCUAUCCUUUGACUUUUGGUCAGUUAAGAAUGUGACAGGAAGACUCUUGGUUGGUUUGCAUUGGUGGAACCAGAUUGAUGAAGAUGGAAAAAGCCACUGGGUGUUUGAAGCAAGACGAGUGCCUACAAGAGCUGCCUCAACUGAAGCUGAAGCUCGAAUCUUCUGGCUCGGUCUCAUUAUCUGUCCUGUUAUUUGGACAGUGUUUUUCUUUAGCACCUUGUUCUCCUUGAAGCUGAAAUGGCUGGCUCUUGUGAUAGCCGGGAUCUCCCUGCAGACUGCUAAUUUAUAUGGCUACAUCCACUGCAAAUUAGGGGGACACAAAAGCACCAGGAGAGCAACUUCAAGUUUUGUCACAGCAGAUGUUCCCAAGAGACAGGCAAGGAGAACAGCAGAAGACCACACUGAAGAACAUGGGAAGACAGGCACCAGAUAAUCAAAUAAAGAACAAAAAGGACAAGCAGUAAAAAUACUGAUUUAUGAAAGCUGUUCUUCGUAAGAAGAUAUUUAAGUAAAGCUCUUCUAGAAUUAUGCCUGCAUGAAACAAUAAGGAUUUUACGUCAUUUGUGUUUGAGUCUUUAGAUUCUGAAAGGUUUCGAGCCUUUGUUACUUGAAAGUUUCAACAAAAAGCAGGUUGUACAGGCACAAACCCAACGCUUAUGGUUUAUAGAGAGCACCCUUCAUUAGGAAAAGAUCUUGUCAACUAACCUGAAACUGUUGGAUUAUCUUAACCACGAAUUAGAAUGUAAUCAGCUGACUGCUAAUUUGUUUAAUUUUGGAGCUACAAUGAACAAAAAUCAAACCUU